CUGAGCGGGGCGAGAGCCGUGCACCCCAGCUCCAGCCCCCACCCCGCCCCCCACCCUGAAAUGACUUGUUAAUCGGCGCAGACACCACCGAAGGGACUCGGCGGAGUGGAAUCCAAGUGGAAAUUGGAUUUGCAGAAGAGUUUCUUGAACAUUUCUUCCUUCCCCGUUGGCUCUUUCUUUUUUCUUCUCCCCUACUCGCCUGUCAUCGGAGAUGCGCACAACGCGUUUGCACCCCAGAAAGUAGUCGCCUUGACUGUCCCCCCCCCAAAGAGACAGGCACACAUGUAGGAAUGACAAAGGCUGGCGAAGAAGAGAGCGCAGCUCGCCGCCCGGAGAUAGCCCCUUGAUAAUGGAUUACUAAAUGGGAUUCAAGCCGUACCAGCCCGCUCCGAGCCCCGGCCUUCUGUCCGUCGAUGCACCGAAAAGGGGCCUAUUCAACCUUUUCAUGAAUAUUGCUGAGACUCCAGCAUUUCCUCACCCCCCUCCCAGACUCCCACCGUCCUUGAAGGAGGGUGAAGUAGAGAAAUAAAGUCUCCCCGCUGAACUACUAUGAGGUCAGAAGCCUUGCUGCUAUAUUUCACACUGCUACACUUUGCUGGGGCUGGUUUCCCAGAAGAUUCUGAGCCAAUCAGUAUUUCGCAUGGCAACUAUACAAAACAGUAUCCGGUGUUUGUGGGCCACAAGCCAGGACGGAACACCACACAGAGGCACAGACUGGACAUCCAGAUGAUCAUGAUCAUGAACAGGACCCUCUACAUUGCUGCUAGGGACCAUAUUUAUACUGUUGAUAUAGACACAUCACAUACAGAAGAAAUUUAUUGUAGCAAAAAACUGACGUGGAAAUCUAGACAGGCUGAUGUAGACACAUGCAGAAUGAAGGGAAAACAUAAGGAUGAAUGUCACAACUUUAUUAAAGUUCUUCUAAAGAAAAAUGAUGAUACCUUGUUUGUCUGUGGGACUAAUGCCUUCAACCCCUCCUGCAGAAACUAUAAGAUGGAUACUUUGGAACCUUUUGGGGAUGAAUUUAGUGGAAUGGCCAGAUGCCCUUAUGAUGCCAAACAUGCCAACGUUGCACUGUUUGCAGAUGGAAAACUCUACUCGGCCACAGUGACUGACUUCCUUGCUAUCGAUGCAGUCAUUUACCGGAGUCUUGGAGACAGCCCAACCCUACGGACCGUCAAGCACGAUUCAAAAUGGUUGAAAGAACCGUAUUUUGUACAAGCAGUGGACUAUGGAAACUACAUCUACUUCUUCUUCAGGGAAAUAGCAGUGGAGUACAACACCAUGGGGAAGGUAGUUUUCCCGAGAGUGGCUCAGGUUUGUAAGAACGACAUGGGUGGGUCUCAGAGAGUCCUGGAGAAGCAGUGGACAUCCUUCCUCAAGGCGCGCCUCAACUGCUCCGUGCCGGGAGACUCGCAUUUCUACUUCAACAUCCUGCAGGCCGUGACCGAUGUGAUUCGUAUUAAUGGCCGUGAUGUUGUCCUGGCAACCUUUUCCACACCUUAUAACAGCAUCCCUGGCUCUGCGGUCUGUGCCUACGACAUGCAUGACAUCGCCACCGUUUUCACCGGGAGAUUCAAGGAACAGAAGUCUCCAGAUUCCACCUGGACGCCAGUCCCUGAUGAACGUGUGCCUAAGCCCAGGCCAGGUUGCUGCGCUGGCUCAUCCUCCUUAGAAAAAUAUGCCACCUCCAAUGAGUUUCCCGAUGACACCCUGAACUUCAUCAAGACACACCCGCUCAUGGAUGAGGCUGUGCCUUCCAUCAUCAACAAGCCAUGGUUCCUGCGGACGAUGGUCAGAUACCGCCUGACCAAGAUCGCGGUGGACCCCGCUGCGGGGCCGUACCUCAAUCACACGGUGGUUUUCCUGGGCUCCGAGAAGGGAAUCAUCUUGAAGUUCUUGGCCAGGAUAGGAAACAGUGGUUUUCUAAAUGACAGCCUUUUCCUGGAGGAGAUAAGCGUUUACAACCCCGAAAAGUGCAGCUAUGAUGGAGUAGAAGACAAGAGGAUUAUGGGCAUGCAGCUGGACAAAGCGAGCAGCUCUCUGUACGUGGCGUUCUCUACCUGUGUGAUAAAGGUUCCCCUUGGCCGGUGUGAACGACAUGGGACAUGUAAAAAAACCUGUAUUGCCUCCAGAGACCCAUACUGCGGGUGGGUCAAGGAAGCAGGUGCCUGUGCCCAUCUGUCACCCAACAGCAGACUGACUUUUGAACAGGACAUAGAGCGUGGCAACACAGAUGGCCUGGGAGACUGUCACAAUUCCUUCGUGGCGCUGAAUGACAUUUCUACUCCUCUACCAGAUUAUGAAAUGUCUUACAACACAGUACCUGGGCACUCCAGUUCCCUCUUGCACAGCACCACCACGUCAGACUCGGCGGCUCACGAGGGGUUUGAGUCUAGGGGAGGCAUGCUGGAUUGGAAGGAUCUGCUCCAUUCACCGGACAGCACAGACACUUUGGGGGCAGUGUCUUCCCAUAAUCACCAAGACAAGAAGGGAGUGAUUCGGGAGAGUUACCUCAAAGGCCACGACCAGCUUGUUCCCGUCACGCUCUUGGCCAUCGCGGUCAUCCUGGCUUUCGUCAUGGGAGCUGUCUUCUCCGGCAUCAUUGUCUACUGCGUCUGUGAUCACCGGCGCAAGGACGUGUCGGCGGUGCAGCGCAAGGAGAAGGAGCUGACACACUCGCGCCGGGGCUCCAUGAGCAGCGUCACCAAGCUCAGCGGCCUGUUUGGGGACGCCCAAUCCAAGGACCCCAAGCCGGAGGCCAUCCUCACGCCUCUCAUGCACAAUGGCAAGCUGGCCACGCCCAGCAACACGGCCAAGAUGCUCAUCAAGGCCGACCAGCACCACCUCGACCUGGCAGCCCUGCCCACCCCCGAGUCCACCCCGACGCUGCAGCAGAAGCGCAAGCCCAGCCGUGGCAGCCGCGAGUGGGAGAGGAACCAGAACCUCAUCAAUGCCUGCACCAAGGACAUGCCCCCCAUGGGCUCCCCUGUCAUCCCCACGGACUUGCCCCUCCGGGCCUCCCCCAGCCACAUCCCCAGCGUGGUGGUGCUGCCCAUCACGCAGCAGGGCUACCAGCAUGAGUAUGUGGACCAGCCCAAAAUGAGCGAGGUGGCCCAGAUGGUGCUGGAGGACCAGGCCGCCACCCUGGAGUACAAGACCAUCAAGGAGCACCUCAGCAGCAAGAGUCCUAACCACGGGGUCAACCUGGUGGAGAACCUGGACAGCCUGCCCCCCAAAGUCCCCCAGCGGGAGGCCUCCCUGGGCCCUCCGGGAGCCUCCCUGUCUCAGAACGGCCUGAGCAAGCGGCUGGAGAUGCACCACUCCUCCUCCUACGGGCUGGACUACAAACGCAGCUACCCCACGAACUCGCUCACGAGAAGCCACCCGGCCACCACGCUCAAAAGAAAUAAUACUAACUCCUCCAAUUCCUCCCACCUCUCCAGAAACCCAAGCUUUGGCCGGGGAGACAACCCGCCCCCCGCCCCGCAGAGGGUGGACUCUAUCCAGGUGCACAGCUCGCAGCCGUCGGGCCAGGCGGUGACUGUGUCGAGGCAGCCCAGCCUCAACGCCUACAACUCACUCAGCAGGUCGGGGCUGAAGCGCACACCCUCGUUAAAGCCGGACGUCCCCCCCAAACCCUCCUUUGCUCCCCUUACCACAUCCCUGAAGCCUAAUGAUGCGUGUACAUAAUCCCAGGGGGAGGGGCCAGGGGUCGAACCAGCAGGAAAGGCGAGUUGCCCGCUCAGCUUGGCGCCUGAGUACCCACCAGACCAAGACGGCCAGACUGCGCCGAGGCCUCCGGGUCCUCCCCUCCCGGACACAGGGGUGCUCGUGAAAAUCGGGCCAAGUGGUUUGGUGAAAGUUUGCAACGGACUCACCUCCAUACUCUACCUUCUCUCCCCCCCUACACCUUGCAACAGGUUGGACUCACAAAAGACUUAUCACAAACAUGAGCCAAAAGCACAUACCCACCCCCCCCCACACACACACGAGCGUGUGCACAUGUGUGCGCAUGCGUGCGCACACACACACACACACACACACACACAUACACACACACACACACACAGAGGUGAACAGUAAAUGCAACAUUUUGUCCAUGACUGCACGGGGCGCUGCCAAACAGGGCCAGCCUUCCAACCCUCAGAACAGAUACAUUUUUUAAAAUGAUGAAAAUUAAAAAGACAAAAAAAUAAAGAAUUCAUUGAUAAUUCUAACUCAGACUUUUAACAAUGGCAGAAGUUUACUAUGCGCAGAUACUGUGAAAUGCCCGCCAGUGUUACAGCUUUCUGUUCUAGCAGAUGAUGCCAGUUGGGCCACGAUGUCAUAGGUUUCUGCUCCUUCUUUUAAUGAAAUAACGUGACCGUUAACGCAAGUAACUCUUUAUUUAUUGUUCACUCUUGUUUUUCCCGAAAGGACUCUUCCACAUGCUAUCUUUAUGAACAGCUCUUCAGAAAGGCCACUGAAAAAGUUCAACUAUUUAACGUGAAAUCCAUUAACUGGAAUAAUUGAGUUUCUUUAUUUUUACAAUAAAUUCACUUAGUAAAUAAGUUGGAGCUGGAAUUCUGAGCUUUGUGUUGGGACUCUCUGAUCUCUAGCUAACGGAAAAAGUUAAGAGGGGAAUAUUUAUUUCAAUCUACCAGUUAAUUUGAUGGCCAGAUUUCUGGCCGACAACACGAAAAAUAAAUGAAUAAAUAAUAAUAAUAGGUUAUAAGUCCUUCCAGAGCCGAAUUUCUAAAGCAACCAGGAGAGGAACUUUUAGGGUGGCACAUCCGUGUCCAUUGCUGCCAGUGUGGCUUUGUCAGUGGUUCCUACUUUCUGUGAAGGCACCAGCUUGUGAUACACCAUCUCAUUUCACCUUGCAUGUGAGACAGCAAACAAAAUCCACAAACGGUGUGAACUAAUUAAUAUGCUGGCUGCUACCUUGCAUAAAUUAAUGGUUUGAUCACACGGGUUUUUCGUGGGGUUACAUCUGUGAAUAGCCUGUUUUCCACAUGUAAAUUUGUGCCUUACACCCUGAGUUGUGUAUGCUUGUAAACUGUCGUUAUGAUCAACUUCUUUGCCCUUUUGAAAUAAAUGCAGAUAUUUAUUUAACGCUCCCGCCCUCCACCCCUGCUCCAGCCCGCUGGAAGAUCAGUGUCCAACAGAUGGAAGAAGGCGGGCGAUGGUGAUGGUUAAUUCCCACAGCCUGGGAAAGCAGGGCCGCACCACACCCUCCAGACCACACCCUCCAGGUCACACUCCCUUCUAGUCGUGCCAAUUCGAACCACCCUCUGACCGUGCCACCAAGCAUGGACCCCAGUGUUGUGGGUGGCAAAUCCCCUUUUCUCCCUUUAUAGUCUCAGAUCAUUUCAACAUGGUGAUAUUCUCAUGUUAACCAGCGGAAGGAGGACAGGACUACUAGUCCAGUCUUCGUUUCUGCUGUGUCCCUCUGCUGGAGGAUACACCGUGCGGCCGGGCAGGCGCUGGGCGGGGUCUCCAAGCCAUGUGCUCGGCACACACGUGCCCUGCACACAAAGAAAUGACAUGGAAAUAGAUGCAGGCAGGCUGGUCCCUGCUGAGAUUAACGAGUAACUCCAAGUCCAAGGCCAGCCACAGUGGGCGUGGUAAAAACUGGGGGGCAAGAGAUCUUCAUUUUUUUUUUUUUAAUUUCUUUAUCCUUUUCUUGUUUUUGUUUGUUGGGGGGAGGGCUGGGGUGUGUGUGUUUCUCUUCCCCUCGGUUUUCAUUAGCUCAAGCGCACAGAGGGAUUUUUGUUUACUCUAUCCUGAACAAAAGAAUUGUCAACAUACUGUAAUCUAUGAGCAUUGUUGUUGGUUGUUAUUGUAUUUUUUAAACGGUUAAACAGUAUAUUGGGUGCCUCUUUGUCUCUUUCUAUUUCCAGUUUGCUCUUGUGGGCUUAGUUUAGUUUUGUUUUGUUAGAGGGGGGGAAAAAAAGCCUUCCAAAAAAGACAAUUUUGAGCUGGCUAAUCAAAGGGAUACCUCACCGACGGGUGGGGCCGGGGUGUGUGGCCAGGGCGCAGGGCUUCUGCUGAUGUUCCAGCAUCUCUUGCAGUUUUGCUGUCAUUUGGGGUAGGCCUUGUUGUUUUUGUGUCGUGUUUUUGUUUUGUUUUGCUUUGUUUGGUUGGUGAAAUCAGCGUUCACAUCCUGUGAACUCUGUGCCCUGAAACCAUGAAGUCUGUUCUAGAAACCGAGAUACCAGUUUUAUCUCCCUUUUCUUUUUAAAUGCAAACAGAGGAAGGGGUGGAGAUACCACCCCCUUUGUCCCCCCCCCCCAAGGAUGACUCCUAGAACAGUCACAGCAUGUGCCCAUGCGCUUUGUGCCCCUGUGGGCAGCCUCGCCUUGGCCAUGUUGAGACCCGUGUCAAAACUUCCAUCCCGGGCCCCUACUUUCCACCACCCAUCACUUGCGGUGUUAACCCAUGUAUUGAGCUGGGCUUCUGCAUUUAAGUAUUUUUCUCCUCUUCUUUUUUCCCCUGUGUAUGGGGGGGUCCAUAAACCUGAGUGUGCCUUUGCUUUCCACCCUUGCUAGACAUUGGUAGAUGCAACAAACUCAGAUUUAUAUUUGUUGUAAAGUUGUAAAAAUAUUGUGAUGUCACCGAUUUUCCUUCAUCUCCACAUCCCCUAACAUCUGAUUCACAACUUAAUGUAUGUUGUAAAAAAGAAAAAAAAAAAAAGAAAAGAAAAAAAAAAAGCACCAAGGAAAAGGCUCUUUAUUACUUAAAAGUAAUAAAACAAGACUGUUCUACAUUAUUGUCUGUGUC